AGGAUGUUGAAGCUGAAGAUUUUGAACACCAUUGCGCCUUCCUACUUCCUUGCAGUCUCCAUUACCACCCUGAUCCUUCAGAGCUUUGUCUUCAUUCCCACCAUCUUUGCUGAUGACUUCCGCCGCCCCUGGUCCCACUGCGGCUUCCAUUUUACCUUCUUCCUCUACGUGUCAGUGAACGUCCUGGGCAACUACUUCCUGAUUCUGUGGUACCCUUCGGAGAGCCUCCAGAGCAGCAGAGUGCCCAGUGAGAGCAGCCCUGCACUGCAGCCAGGCAGUCACUUCUGUAAACUCUGCAGUAAGGUCAUCCUGAAGCGAGACCAUCACUGCUUCUUCACCGCCAACUGCAUAGGCAACAGGAACAUGCGCUACUUCCUCAUGUUCGGCUGGUACACCUCCAUUGUUUGCCUCUACUCCCUGGUGAUAGGUGUGGCCUACUUGAGCAUUGAAUACCAUCUCUCCUUCGAGAAUCCCCUCACCUUCCUCACCCUCCUCCCUCUCUCCUUCUUUCACUUUUUCUUCAGUAUGAUCCCAUCUUUCCAGCUAUUCCUUGUCCUCAUGCUCUACAUCUGGCUGGGCAUUGGACUCACCUGUGCUGGCUUCUGUUGCCAACAGAUCCUGCUGGUAGCUCGGGGCCGAACUUGGUACCACCUGAAGAAGGGGUUGCCCGCAGUUCGUUGCACUCCAUGGGGGGUUAAUCUCCAGGAUGUAUUCGGGAAGCGUUGGUUACUGGGAUUCUUCUUCCCAAUUCCAACAGUACAUGUGGAUCCAAAGGAUAAAUAA